CCCCAGACCUUCACAGCCUGGUGCAACUCCCACCUGCGCAAGGCGGGCACGCAGAUUGAGAACAUCGACGAGGACUUCCGAGAUGGGCUCAAGCUCAUGCUUCUCCUGGAGGUCAUCUCAGGGGAGCGGCUACCUAAGCCGGAGCGGGGAAAGAUGAGAGUGCACAAAAUCAACAACGUGAACAAAGCCCUGGACUUUAUUGCCAGCAAAGGUGUCAAGCUGGUCUCCAUCGGGGCAGAAGAGAUUGUGGAUGGCAACGCAAAGAUGACGCUGGGAAUGAUCUGGACCAUCAUCCUCAGGUUCGCCAUCCAGGACAUCUCCGUGGAAGAGACCUCUGCCAAGGAGGGCCUCCUUCUCUGGUGCCAGAGAAAGACGGCCCCAUAUAAGAACGUCAAUGUGCAGAACUUCCACAUCAGCUGGAAGGAUGGUCUUGCCUUCAAUGCCCUGAUCCACCGACACAGACCAGAGCUGAUUGAGUACGACAAGCUGAGAAAGGAUGACCCAGUCACCAACCUGAACAAUGCCUUUGAAGUGGCCGAGAAAUACCUCGACAUUCCCAAGAUGUUAGAUGCUGAGGACAUCGUGAAUACGGCCCGGCCCGACGAGAAGGCCAUAAUGACCUAUGUGUCCAGCUUCUACCAUGCCUUUUCGGGAGCGCAGAAGGCUGAGACUGCCGCCAACAGGAUCUGCAAGGUGCUGGCAGUGAACCAGGAGAACGAGCACCUGAUGGAAGAUUACGAGAGGCUGGCCAGUGAUCUCCUGGAGUGGAUCCGGCGCACCAUUCCUUGGCUGGAGGACCGCGUGCCUCAAAAGACCAUCCAGGAGAUGCAGCAGAAGCUGGAGGACUUCCGUGACUACUGGCGCGUCCACAAGCCUCCCAAGGUGCAGGAGAAGUGCCAGCUGGAGAUCAAUUUCAACACGCUGCAGACCAAGCUGCGCCUCAGCAACCGGCCCGCCUUCAUGCCCUCCGAGGGCCGGAUGGUCUCCGACAUCAACAACGGCUGGCAACACCUGGAGCAGGCCGAGAAGGGAUACGAGGAGUGGCUGCUGAAUGAGAUCCGCAGGUUAGAGCGACUGGACCACCUAGCCGAGAAGUUCCGGCAGAAGGCCUCCAUCCAUGAGGCCUGGACUGAUGGGAAGGAAGCCAUGCUAAAGCACCGGGACUAUGAGACGGCCACCCUGUCAGACAUCAAAGCCCUCAUCCGCAAGCACGAGGCCUUCGAGAGUGACCUGGCUGCACACCAGGACCGCGUAGAGCAGAUUGCAGCCAUUGCCCAGGAGCUCAAUGAGCUGGAUUACUACGACUCCCACAAUGUCAACACCCGGUGCCAGAAGAUCUGUGACCAGUGGGACGCCCUUGGCUCCCUGACCCACAGCCGCAGGGAAGCCCUGGAGAAAACAGAGAAACAGCUGGAGACCAUCGACCAACUGCACCUGGAGUAUGCUAAGCGGGCAGCCCCGUUCAACAACUGGAUGGAGAGUGCCAUGGAGGACCUCCAGGACAUGUUCAUCGUUCACACUAUCGAGGAGAUUGAGGGCCUGAUCUCAGCCCACGACCAGUUCAAGUCCACCUUGCCAGAUGCGGACAGGGAGCGGGAGGCUAUCCUGGCCAUCCACAAGGAGGCCCAGCGGAUCGCCGAGAGCAACCACAUCAAGCUGUCGGGCAGCAACCCGUAUACCACCGUCACGCCCCAGAUCAUCAACUCCAAGUGGGAGAAGGUGCAGCAGCUGGUGCCAAAGCGGGACCAUGCGCUCCUGGAGGAGCAGAGCAAGCAGCAGUCCAACGAGCACCUCCGCCGCCAGUUCUCCAGCCAGGCCAACGUGGUGGGGCCCUGGAUCCAGACCAAGAUGGAGGAGAUUGGGCGCAUCUCCAUUGAGAUGAAUGGGACCCUGGAGGACCAGCUGAGCCACCUGAAACAGUAUGAGCGGAGCAUUGUGGACUACAAGCCCAACCUGGACCUGCUAGAACAGCAGCACCAGCUCAUCCAGGAGGCCCUGAUCUUCGAUAACAAGCACACCAACUACACCAUGGAGCAUGUCCGUGUAGGCUGGGAGCAGCUGCUCACCACCAUCGCUCGCACCAUCAAUGAGGUGGAGAACCAGAUCCUCACCCGCGAUGCCAAGGGCAUCAGCCAGGAGCAGAUGCAGGAAUUCCGGGCGUCCUUCAACCACUUUGACAAGAAGCAGACAGGCAGCAUGGACUGCGAUGACUUCAGGGCUCUGCUUAUCUCCACAGGAUACAGCCUGGGCGACGCCGAGUUCAACCGCAUCAUGAGCGUGGUCGACCCCAACCACAGCGGCCUUGUGACCUUCCAAGCCUUCAUCGACUUUAUGUCACGGGAGACCACAGACACAGACACGGCCGACCAGGUCAUCGCCUCCUUCAAGGUCCUGGCAGGGGACAAGAACUUCAUCACCGCCGAGGAGCUGCGGAGGGAGCUGCCCCCCGACCAGGCCGAGUACUGCAUCGCCCGCAUGGCGCCGUAUCAGGGUCCUGAUACUGUGCCCGGUGCCCUCGACUACAAGUCCUUCUCCACAGCCCUGUAUGGCGAGAGUGACCUGUGAGGCCCCCCAGGGGCUGGGACCAAACAUCCCUCCUCGUGGCCCCCAGGAGGGGCUGGACAGCCUCACCCUCCCCUCAGCGUGGCCUCCACAGUCCUGGCUCCUCUGACUCUGUAUCUAUGCAAAGCACUCUGUCAGUCCUUCUGGGGGGUGGGGGGUGGGCAGGGAGGGGCUGGGCCGGCUCUCUCCUCUCUCUCUGCUGGUGGGCCAGGAGGUUCUCCCCCCCACCGGGUAGGGGUCAGGGGGACCUUUGAGGUCAGCACCUCUGGUCUGGUAGAUAUCUGAUGUGUUGUGUUUCUCAAACUUAUGUGGCGGGGACAGUGAAUCCCCACAGCAAAACAGGUCCCCGCCACAUCCUGGGGACAGCCCUCCACACCCAGGUCCCUUCCUUUGCCUCCCGAGGUCCCUUCAAGGCCUCCCACAUCCAGGCCAAAGCCCCACGUGCCUUGUCUAGGAACCGCAGGGCCCUGCGAGGGCCCAGCAGAGGGCACCAUAGCUACCCAGCAGGACGGGACCCUGCCCCCAGCUCUCUAGCCCUUCUCAGCCUAGCACCCCUCCUUGUGCAGCAGGGGACCGGGGCUGGCAGACCGGACCUCUGGCCACCCGCCCCCCCCACCCCAGCCAGCCCCGGCCUUGCUUGGUCUGGACUUGUGUCUCAGAUUUCCUAAGGACCAAAAAAACAAAAAAACAAAAAAAAAAAGCGAAGGAAAAGGAAAAAAACAAAACAAAAAAAUCCACAAAAAACCUAUAAAAAUUAAACUCUCAGAGAAUUACUAUUUACUUUAUUAACUUACGGAUUUAUUAUAUAAAUAUAUAUUCACCUAGCAACGCGUCUGCCGCCUCUCGCUCUCGUAAUGAAGUCAUAGCUGAUUUGCCCCCUCCUGACUCCCCAGUGGGUCCGUGGCGGGCUUGGGUCUCUGGGGACCCUCCUGAGGUGGAGGUGGGCUGCUGGCCUGGCUGCCUGGUAGUUGAUGGUUUUGCCCCCUGCCCCCUUUUUGAGUUUUAUUCUGAUUAUUUUUUUCUCGGUUUCUGGAUAAACCACCCUUUGGGGGACAGGAUAAUAAAACAUGUAAUAUUUUUAAGAAGGA